AUGGAUCGACUCUUGCGUCUCGGAGCACAUGCUUUACAGGCAAAUGCAACACCGACUGAUUCGAAUCAAGUGGACACUUCAGAGACUGUCUACAUCUCAUCACUGGCCUUGUUGAAAAUGCUCAAACAUGGCAGAGCAGGAGUUCCAAUGGAGGUGAUGGGUCUAAUGCUGGGUGAAUUUGUCGACGACUACACUGUAAACGUCAUCGAUGUUUUUGCAAUGCCUCAAAGCGGAACGGGUGUUUCUGUGGAAGCGGUGGAUCCUGUUUUUCAAGCCAAAAUGUUGGAUAUGCUAAAACAAACAGGAAGGCCAGAAAUGGUUGUUGGGUGUCCCUCGAAGAGGGAGAAAAUGUCGGAACGUGAGCUUGAGAUCAAGAAUGUCGGAAAAAUGGAUCCCAAGCGUCAUUUGGGAGAAUUGGUGAAUCAACUUAUGGCUGACAACCUCGUGCAAGGCCUUUGCGGAAUCAUCGAUGCUGAAAGCUUUGAGCUGGCUGGCAAUGUUAAAAAAGUCGGUGAAAAGGUGCAAAAAUGGAAAGCCAGUGACCGGGUUUUGGUGUUACGGAGACAUGGAACGGGCGGUUUUGCCGAAGAAUGCAUUGUUAAGGAACACGAUUUGAUUUACAACUUACCGUUUUCUAUCAAUUACGAGACAGCGGCAGCUGUAGCAGUCACCUAUGGAACAGCCUAUGUUUCUUUGGCAAAUAUGGCUCGUGAAAGACAGGGGAGUUCUGUUCUGGUCCUCUCCGCUCGUGGUACUAUGGGAUUUGCUGCAAUUGAUCUAGCUCAAAACGUUUUUGCUGCUCAAGUCUUUGCCGCUUCGGAUGACGAAGAGAAAUUAGAAAAACUUCGGACCACUGGAGUGCAGCGAACGAUCAACUGGGAGAAAGAAGAUUUGGUUAAGGUGAUUCGCAAAGAUACUUUCAAUGAAGGUGUAGACGUGGUUGUCGAUACUGUUGGUGGAAAAGUCUUUCACACAGCUUUGGAAUCGCUGAAGAAAGGUGGUCAUUUGGUCUCGCUCUCGUUUGCAUCUGGCGAAAUUCCUUCAGUCUCAUUGUUAGAUCUACAUCGGUUACAAGCAACUGUAACAGGUGUGUGGUUGGGUGGACGAACGGCUUCUGAAAUUGAUGCGAUAAUGUCGACGAUUAUUGGACUUUUUGACGAAGGCUACUUGAGUGCUCGAAUAGAAGCUAAAUAUGGUCUCGAUCAGGACGUUUUAGAUGUUAAGGAGGUUAUGCACGAAAACAAUAUGCACAAGGCGAUUGUGGAGCCUGGCACCUCGUCUCUAGAGUUUUACGUUUUGACGGCAAAACCAAAUCAACUCCAAGUCAGAUGCCAUUCAAGAUUUGUGAUUUCCAUGGAGAAAGCUUUGAAUCAUCUUGAGAAUAUCGUUUACGCUAGACAAGCUCGAAAUGGAGACCGAUUAAAAAACGCACAACGGUUACGAAGUCAGAAACGAGACGAGCAAAACGAAAAAACGACUUCUGAAUCCGAAGAAUCGAGCGAUAAUAAAGACAAGGAGGAGAACGAGCAAGAGAAAAAAGCCGAGGAAAUGGCGAGGAAAAUAUCAAGGUUAUUUGCGGUCGCCCUUUUCUGUGCGGGCAUUCUCUACAUGAUCAACUCAUCGGGUGAUAUUGGGAACAGUGUCGAUGAAAUUUCGUGGACCACAUUCACCGAGCAGAUGUUACCAACAAAAGCGAUACGAGAGAUUGUCGUUUUCAACGAGAAAGAAAUAGCUAUUCUGCACAUUUGGAGCGAUGCUCGAGGACUGGAUGGAGAAAAGUUGAAACCAGUCUACAAACUUCGGGUUCCCUCGAUAAGUCGGCUUGAAUCAGAGCUUCGAGCCGCUGAAGCCGCUCUAAACAUGCCGCCCGAAUAUUGGAUUCCCGUCAAAUAUAAACGGCUUGAUGAGAUG